AUGGCUUCCAUAUUGAAAUCCUUUUUGGAUUGGCUUAGAGGUUUAUUCUUCAAGACAGAACUCGAGUUAACCUUGGUUGGCUUACAAAAUAGCGGCAAAACUACUUUGGUUAAUGUAAUUGCUGUAAGAAGAUUUAGCGAGGAUAUGAUACCAACAGUAGGAUUUAAUAUGCGUAAAGUAACAAAAGGGAAUGUUACUAUGAAAUUGUGGGAUAUAGGAGGACAACCGAGAUUUAGAAGUAUGUGGGAAAGAUAUUGUAGAGGUGUCAAUGCUAUUGUAUUUGUAGUAGACUCUGCAGACCAUGAAAAAUUAGAAGCUGCAAGAACUGAAUUACGCAGUCUUUUGGACAAACCUCAACUUGCAAACAUUCCAGUUUUAGUAUUAGGAAAUAAAAAUGAUUUACCAAAUGCUUUACCUGUCGAAAAGCUUAUUGAAGAAAUGGGUUUGAAGUCUAUUAAUAAUCGGGAGGUUUCUUGUUAUUCUAUUUCUGCAAAAAAUCAAAUAAACAUUGAUAUCACUCUUCAAUGGUUGAUCAAAAAAGGAAAAGCAAUGCGCGAUAAGGAAGGCAAUGCUCUUAGAAGUGCACAUAUAUUAGGUUUUUUUAGAAGGAUAUGUAAAUUACUUUUUUUUAACAUCAAACCUGUCUUUGUGUUUGAUGGUGGAGCCCCAGAAAUAAAACGCCAUACUUUAAUGGAACGUAAGAAAAGACGAGUGGGAAUUGAAAAUGAUUUACAAAAAACAGCACAAAAGAUUUUAGCUGCUCAAAUACGAAUCCAUGCUAUUGAAGAGGCUGGAACUUCAAAAUCAAAGGCUAACAAAAAAAAGAAUCAGUCAUUAAUAACCGAUGAUAUGAAUGAUGAAUUGAGAUUAAGUGCUGAGGAUAUAUUUAAACAUGGAAAAAAAGAUGAAUACGACUUGCCACCUAUAACUGGUGGAAUAGAGACUAUGAUUGCGAAAGAUGAUCCAAGAUUUACAACUAAUGAAGAUCUGAAUAACUUUAUUGAAGAAUUUAAGACAGACGGAAUCGAUAUAGAUUCUGAAUUAUUUCGAUCUCUUUCAACGGAAACUCAAUAUGAAAUAAUUGGAGAACUUCGAUUAAAGAGUCGGUUGGAAGCAAAUUCUGUUCGAAUUGCAUCUGAAAGAAAUAAGAAAUAUGUUUUAAUCAAGAACGAUGACGAUAAAAAACCGGUUAAACUGGAUGAAAAUUCUUCAGAAUCUGAUUACGAAGAAGUUAUACAUUCAAAUAAUAAAAAACUAAAUGAAGAUGGAGAUGAUUGGGAAGAGUUUGUGAUAAAUGAUUCAUCAUUAAAAGCUGAUGUAGGCCAAGAUAACGAAAUUGCAGAUUAUCCUCAAAAAAGGAAUUUAAAAAACGAUAAUAACUACAACAAGAACAAUGAUGAUGUUAUUGUUGACGAUUUGAUAAAAGAUGUUGAUUCAUUCUAUGCCAUGUGGUUAUCCUGCAUGUCAAAUGAAUUUCAACAAGAAUUCGAUGAUCACAAUGAUUUAAUUUAUAAAGCUAUAUAUGAAUGGAAUGAAUCAGAUUUAAAAGAUCAAUUAAAUACUAUUUCAAAAAAAUUGGGCAAGACGAAAGAAGGUGAUGCUUUAAAAGUUAAAAAAAGUAUCGAUGAUUCGUUUGAACUUGAUUCUUCAGAUUUUGUUGCAAAAAGAGAAUCACCAUCAAGGUCUUCACCAAAAGAUGAGCUGGAAAUUACUGAUAAUGAUAUUGUGGAAUCAAUAAAAUUUUCAGACCCAGUAAUUAAUAAUAAUCAACAAAGUAUAAACAAUGAAAUGUUGGGUUCUGAUGAAGAUGACGAGCAUUAUCAUAAAAGUCACAAUGAUUGCAACGAUCUUAAUGUCGUAUAUAUUUCAAACGAUGAGGGUUCCAAUGAUUUUAAAGAUGAUGUUAAAGACAUGUCAUCAAAUAGGGUUGAUAAAGAAUUAGGCAUUAAAACUUCGUUUGAAGGUGAUGAAGUGUCAUCAGAAAUACCCGGAACUGAAGAAGUCGAUUUUUCAAAUCAAAUAAGUGAUAAAGAAGAAGGAAACGAGGAUGUUGUUAUUACCACAGUUAUCGACUCCAUUGAAGAAGACGAGGGGGGUAAAAUCGUUGAAGAAAAUAACGAAUUUGCUAGGUUUUUAUCUGAGCUUAAAGAUAGAGAUUUGAGUUCAAUACAACAAGAGCUGUCUAAAGAAAUUGAACAAUUGAAUGAAAAACAAAGGCGAGAAAAAAGAGAUGCUGAUAAUAUAACGCAAUCGAUGAUAACUGAAUGUCAAAAACUUUUACAAUUAUUUGGAAUACCAUUUAUUGUUGCACCGAUGGAAGCAGAAGCACAAUGUGCAGAAUUGCUAACUCUUGGACUUGUAGAUGGGAUUAUUACAGAUGACAGCGAUGUAUUUUUAUUUGGCGGGAGUAAAGUUUAUAAAAAUAUGUUUAAUCAACAAAAAUAUGUGGAACGUUAUGAUUUGGAGGAGGUAGAACGUGAAAUGCAAAUCAAUCGUAAUAAAUUGAUCCAACUUUCAAUACUUUUAGGUAGUGAUUAUACAGAAGGAUUGACAGGAAUAGGAAUCGUUAAUGCAAUCGAAAUCUUGAAUGAAUUUCCAGGCGAAGAUGGAUUGGAAAAAUUUAGAGAUUGGUGGAAUGAUGUACAAAGUGGAAGAUAUAAACUUGAUAAACAAAUUGAUAGCGAUUUCAAGAAAAAAUUUUGCCAAAAAUUUAAAAGUCUUAUAUUGAACGAAAAUUUUCCAAAUCGUCAUAUAUGGGACGCUUAUUUACAUCCUCAAGUUGAUGAUUCUACUGAAGAAUUUCAAUGGGGAAUUCCUGAUAUAGAUUUACUUCAAGAAGACACAAAAACAAAAUCAUCGACACCUUCAAAGAAGAAUAAAGUCGACAGGAGAAAAAAUACUAGACGAAAAGUUAAUGCAAAUGUCUGUGAAGUAGGAUCAUCUGAUGAUGAUUCAAGAUCAAAAAAACGUGGCAGAAAAGGAGACAAUAAUAAAACUUAUUAA